UAGGUCACAGACAGGGUAUCCCGGACAUGACAGACACAUUAGACGAAAGAAAAAUAUAUCCUCAAAGGAAAAUAAAAUAAAAUAAAAUUUUUAGUAAUAUAAAUCCGCAUCGAUCCCUCUGUUCAUCUCAUCAUCUGGUAUAGCUUUUUGGCGGUUUUGAGCUGUGCUCUUUCGAACAUUCGCUUAAUUCUUUUUUUUUUCAACUUAACACUCUCAAUUUAUCUCUUAAAGGUUUUUCUUUUGAGCUGAAAAUUAUGUAGAUCAGAGAGUGAUAAGUGGUUGGCGUUUGGUUUACGGAUGAAUGAGGGAAAAAGUGGACACAUGAAUGGGGGCUUGGAAUUGUAGUACAAGUUAAGGUAAUAAAAUGAAAACUGAUCGGAAACCACAUUUGAUAAAAAAGCUUGCUGAUAUGAAAUGUCAAAGGGUAGAUGAAUCCAUUGUUCAUGGUGUGGGAGAUGAAGCAACUGAGGUUGAGCAUUUACUUGCGGAACCUAAAAGUGAGCAUGUUUCAGCAAACGGAGUCCUAUGUUUUGGGAAGGAAAAUUUAGAAAAGCACUUGAAAAUGGAGGAUUUCUCUUGUGCUUUUGAUUAUGGCUGGAAAAUUAAUUGUGGUGGGCUGGAUUUUAUCCAUGGUCAAGGAGGAGAUGAUUUGAAGCUUGAAGUUCUUGAUGGAUUGCUGGAUGAAGUUGAUGAAGUGGAUGAUAUUCAUGCAGCCAAUGAUCUCUCGGGUGCUUGUGAAGAUUUUCUUUUGGAUAUUGAAUUUCCAGAAAAGUUUUCUGAAUUGGAUUGCAGUCCACAUAAAGGAUCAAAUUUGCGUAACUCAAGUUCAGAAAGUCGUUCACCUGGGUUUAGUGGAAUUAGUAAUAGUGCUGGUGGCAUAUCAGAAUCAUCAAUUGCAACCGUUCAAGAAUCCAACGGCAAGAAUGGUGCGCUUGGAAAGAUGUUCAGAUGUGAUUGUCAUCAUAACUUUAGGAACAAAUGUGGGUGUCAGGCUCCAGUGAUGGGCACCAUUCAUCCUACUAUAGAACAUGUGCAAGAUUUUGAUGAGUCUGAUGAUGAUGAAAAACCUUUAGUAAGUUUUGUAUUGUCUACUAAAAAGGUAAAAAGCUCUGUUAAAGUAACAAAGGGUGGCACACUUCUCAGACAGAAGAGACUGCGGAAGCCUACUAAGAGGUAUAUUGAAGAGUUUUCUAGAAAUUCUACUACUUCUGGAAAGAAUAAGCGCCUUAAAGUCAAAUCACAAGAAGAACUUCCUCAAGUGCCAUCUGAAUCCAGGCGACAGAGAGGGCGUCCCAAGAAAAUUGUGCCAAAAUUGGAGCUUGAAUCUGAUUGUGAGCUUUCUGCAUCUGAAUGUGAAGAUGAGCGUAAGAGAACCAAAAGAACCAAAACAGCUUUUGAUAGGAGGAAGCAUCAAAGGAUGUGGACUGUUUCGGAGGUGAUUAAGUUGGUUGAUGGAAUUGCUCAGUAUGGUGUUGGAAGAUGGACUGAUAUAAAAAGGCAUCUAUUUGCAUCAUCUGCUCAUCGAACUCCUGUUGAUCUGAGGGAUAAAUGGCGAAAUCUUCUAAGAUCUAGCUCUGCACAUAAGCACAGUAGGAGAGAGUUGCAGGUUGAGACUAAUUUGAAGCAUGCUGUACGCCCCCUACCAAAGCCUGUGGUAUGCCGCAUCCGUGAACUGGCCACCAUUCACCCAUAUCCAAAGGUUCGCAGCCCAAAAAUUUCACCUGUUGAAUAUGUUCCUUCAUCCAAACAACCGACAACUAAAGGUGCUUCAGUUUACUCUCAUGGAAGAAAUUUACGUAGGAAGAAGUGUAGCUGAAGAAGCAUUUGUAAUUUGCAGUAAAGCAAAAUUCCAAUUAUAUUUGUAAAGAAGCUGUGUUCUUCCCUACAGUCCCCCUAACAACUGCCGCGAUCUGCACAUAUAAAUGUUCUCAGAUCAUUAGAAAUAUCUGGUAAAUGUUGCACAAGUGAAAACAAAUUUUACAUUUUUAAUAGCCAUCGCUAACUGACGUUUAUUUGGCUGUUGCUAGCAUUAUUGACUUUCUGAGUGUUACCCAUAUCCAACUUACAUAUUGUAGUAUUUUCCAGUAACGGACAUAGGUUCCCAUGCUCUUUUAAAGUAUGGGGGCAUUCAGAAGAUUUUCAGCACGUGUGGAAAAAUAAUAAAGGCAAAUAAAGCCUUGGCCAGAGUUAGAGAGGGCGUAAAGUACGGGGCAUUUGGAGGGUUCCUUGAGCCUUCCUGUGGAACUGUGAUGUUGCCCUUAUAGUUUCUCUACGUAAAAAGAAAGGUAGCAUCUCCCAACUUCAGAUCUACCCCUAGCCGGGAGGGUAAAAGGCAUGACAGAGUCGGGGUUGGUCAACAAGCUUGGGCUGCCGCCUGCAUAUGCGUAGUACAAACCAUAACCAAAAUACAAGGCUUAAGUUUCUACUGUUCUUCCAGUUCCGAGAGUAUAGAUCAAUAUUAUGUCGAGGACAUGAAUGAACUCCCAACAAGUAACCCUCUGAAUCAAAAAAAGUAGCGUUAAAAGAAGUAAACAAAGCCAAAAGAGGAAGCAAGGGAAGGGUGGAAAAAAUCUUCGAACUUCUUGCUUCCCGAUUGAAGCAUGGGAAGGAAUUAAUGGGAAAUGGGAGUAACCAUGGGAAGGCAGUUGAGGGAAUAAAAAAAUAUAAAUAACAAUAGAUCCAAAUGAAGGCGAGGGGGAACAGCUAAUAGAAACAGGAGAAUGCACGCGCAGUCGUUCAGGGAGCUGAGAAAAAAAAAACUGAGGGAUAUGGAGAAAGAAAGUCUAAUCAAAUCAUUGGAAAUUUGAAGACACUUGGUAAGCUUUUGGCGGCCCCCAGACCGAGGCAUAAUAUGAUUGCGGUUUGAUGCGUCACCAACUCUCGGUUUAAGCUGUUUCCUUGCUUCGGUGUAUCUCGAUAAACUCUGG